AUGAACAGGUUAAAAGUCACCCUCGACACUCCAGCAAUCUUCAUCAUGCUUUCACGCGAUCCCUAUCCAGUUGAACUCCAAUGUAUGAGUAUGCAGCAGUCGUCGUGCAAGGGCAUAAAAAUCCCGCCAAAAAUCUACGCCCUCAUCUUCAGCAAGACGUGGUACUAA